GUUCAUACCUUCGCCAUCCUAUGAAAAAAACAUUUUGCCCAGGCCGCUAGAGGGUAAGGCUAAGCGGCUAACCGUGACGUUUCCUGCUAACAGAAGAUUUUUGAGUCGCUAGGUGGUUUUGAACUCUAGUGUUUCACAAAACUAAAGCAAUAACAACACUGAUGCAGCCGCUUUAAGUGUCAGAUAUGAACAGGAAAAGGGGUUUGAUUUCAGACACAUUCAUAGUGAAGAAAAGAAGACUUGGUACAGAGAAGUUUGGGUGUAUUGAUGGAGAUGAGGGACCACUGGACAUUAAAUCCACCCUGCAGUAUCUCAUGACACUGUUCCCCAGAAAGCUGUUCAAUGACUCCUUGCCUCAAAUUGUACUGAAGCACCAACUUUACAGCUUGCACAGUGACAAGACUAUGGUGGACCGACAGCUGAGUGAACUGCGGGACAAAGGAGAGCUGUUGAUGUUCCAGCUGGGCUUUGAUUCAGAGGCUUUUGGCCUGGUUUUCUAUUCAGACUACAAGGCCAAAGUGCUGGCGGGCGAGCAGGGCAGAGUGACACAAGGGACAGUGGAGAAGUUUUUGGAAAAAGUCCUGCCUUCUUGCACUGAGCUGAGCUUCAGCAAAGACAAGAUGCUCAAGGAGUUCCUCUUCACAGACUCUGAGAUAACGCAACUGGUGAAGGCAGGGGUCCUGACUGUGAGGGACGCCGGCAGCUGGUGGCUAUCUAUUCCCAACUCAGGCAGAUUUACCAAGUACUUCAUACGAGGUCGUAAAGCGGUGCUUAACAUGAUCAAAAAGGCCAAAUACAGUGAAGUCUUAAAAGCAGACCUAGAGGAGCGGCGAACAAACUCGCAAGUCAAAUUCCAGAUGAAAUACCACGUUCAUGACAUUGUUGGUGCUGAGCUCGUAGACAGUAUACCUACAACUACAGGGACAUUGCUGCGGUUUGUUGAUUCCUGAGCCUUUGCAACAAGACUGACAGAAGACUUGAUGACCUAAUGUAAAUGUGAACGGCAUUAAAAAGAAAGAUGGAAAGAUUGAUAAGCUUUCGUACUGAGAUUGGAAGUGAAUGAAUUUAGUUUUUGGAAUUCCUUCUUUGCCAACUUUAUUAAAAAAAACCUUGUGGGUUUAUAAAUUGCCAUUUAUUUAAAAUACCUUGUCAGGUUUCCUCAGUUAUUGUUAUUAAAAUUUAUAUCAGCAAAUUA